AUGACUCCCCAGUACUGUGCCAACUGGUGUGGUGAGCGAGGUUUUUCAUACAGUGGUGUUGAAUUUGGAAAGCAGUGCUUCUGUGAUACGGAGCCUAAUCUCAGCGGCGCAACUCUUACAAAAGACACAGCUUGCAACUCUGCCUGUGCUUUGGAACCGUCUAGCUCCUGCGGAGGGACUUACAUUAUGUCCCUCUAUCAGAUCUCAAAUCCCCGUGGCGGAAGUCCCGAUACCCGAUUUGUACCCGCCUGCCAGCGGAACCCGUUGAGCCGACACCCAGUAUGCAAUACCACUCUAAGCAUAGCCGAAAGGGUUAAGUCACUCGUCGACUCCUUGACCGAGGAAGAAAAGAUCUUGAACGUAGUCGAUGCUUCAGCGGGGUCGUCACGGCUGGGGCUGCCAUCCCAUGAAUGGUGGAGCGAAGCAACUCAUGGCGUGGGAUCUGCGCCGGGCGUGCAGUUUACUCGUCCACCCGCCAAUUUCAGUUGGGCAACCAGUUUCCCAGCUCCAAUCCUGACGGCAGCGGCUUUUGAUGAUGCGCUGGUCCGGAGUAUCGGCGAGGUCACUGGUAGGGAAGGGCGCGCUUUCGCGAAUUAUGGAUUCUCUGGCUUCAACUUCUGGGCUCCCAACAUCAAUGCUUUCAGAGACCCUCGUUGGGGAAGAGGCCAGGAGACCCCGGGUGAGGACAUUCUCGUGGCACAGAACUAUGUUCGGGGAUUCGUGCAAGGUCUUCAAGGCGACAACCCUCACGAGAAACAGGUCAUUGCUACAUGCAAGCACUUCGCGGUCUAUGAUGUCGAGACUGAUCGUUAUAGCGACAACUUCAACCCUUCUCCGCAAGACCUGGCAGAGUUUUUCUUGCCGUCGUUCAAGACCUGUGUUCGGGACAGUGGUGUAGGCAGUGUGAUGUGCUCCUACAAUGCCGUUCUGGGCGUUCCUGCCUGCGCAAGUGAGUAUCUGCUGGAAGAUGUUCUCAGAGUUCACUGGAACUUCACCGCGGAUUACAACUAUGUUGUGUCGGAUUGUGACGCGGUGACAAACAUCUACCAGUCUCACAACUUUACCGAUUCAUUUGAAGCAGCAGCAUCCGUCGCUCUGAAUGCUGGAGUGGAUUUGGAGUGCGGAACCACGUACCUGAAACUGAAUGAGUCCCUUGCGGAUAAUCAGACAUCGACGCAGACACUGGAUCGCGCAUUGACGCGAUUGUACUCGGCGCUUUUCACGGUCGGCUUCUUCGACGGGGGCAAGUACACGGACCUUAACUUCGCGGAUGUUGCCAACCCGAGUGCUCAGAUUCUCGCUUACGAUGCCGCAGUGGAAGGCAUGACGCUUCUCAAGAAUGAUGGCCUUCUACCUUUUGGUACAAGUACAAAGCACAAGUUCAAAGGCGUCGCUGUCAUCGGGCCUUUUGCGAAUGCCACCACUCAGAUGCAGGGGGAUUACUCGGGAAUCGCCCGAGCUAUUCUGAGCCCGCUGGAAGCAUUCAAAAACAUGGGAGAUUGGAAAGUCAACUACGCUCUAGGAACCACGAUCAGCAAUGAGACUACUAUAGGAUUCGAUGCGGCAAUGGCAGCCGCAGACGAGAGCGACCUGGUUGUUUUCCUCGGAGGUAUCGAUAAUACCUUGGAGAAUGAGGGUCUUGAUCGCAAGAAUCUCACCUGGCCCCAGAACCAGCUUGAUCUGAUGACAAAAUUAUCGCAGACAAAAAAGCCGAUGAUUGUGGUACAGUUUGGCGGUGGCCAAGUCGAUGAUAGCGCGUUAUUGCAAAAUGCGGGUGUGAACGCAGUCGUUUGGGCUGGAUAUCCGAGCCAGAGUGGUGCCACCGCACUUGUUGAUAUUCUGCAAGGCAAGGUAUCUAUUGCUGGCCGGCUGCCGGUCACCCAGUAUGCCGCCAGCUAUGCCGAUGAGGUCAGCCUCUUCGACAUCAAUCUUCGACCGAACACGAACAGGUCAUAUCCCGGACGAACGUACAAAUGGUACACUGGGACGCCCGUUCUUCCGUUCGGCUUUGGACUCCAUUACACAGAAUUCAAUUUUGAGUGGCGGAAAGGAACCUUGAAAGAGGAGUACAACAUCCAAAAGCUUAUUGAGUCAUGCCAGAAGAAGACCGAUUUCAUCGUCAAUGACAACACCCCCUUUGCUUCCGUCAAAAUCAACGUCAAAAAUGUGGGACAAGUUGAUUCUGACUAUGUCAGUUUGCUCUUUCUUUCCAGCAAAGACUCGGGACCAGCUCCUCGACCCCGAAAAACACUGGUCGCCUACUCCCGUCUGCAUGGCAUCAAGAAGGGCGAGGAACAAACCACCAUGUUGAAUUUGACAUUGGGUUCACUGGCCCGAGCGGACGAGAACGGAAGCUUGGUGAUCUUCCCAGGUCAUUACAAGAUUGCAUUGGACAAUGACGAGAGCUUGACAUACGAGUUCGAUCUUAGAGGAGAUGCCCAUGUAAUUGAGACUCUCCCUGGACCUCAGGAGGAAUAUCAUUACACGGUGCCCGUUCAUAUUCAAGCCCCGACGGUUGGGCCACAAUGA